UCCAAUUACUUUGAAUUUGUCACUGUCACGAUGAUGUCGAUUAAUUUCUGUCUGUUCUAUUAGGCAAAAGCCAAAUAAUAGGUUUAGGUUUUCAAACUAAAAUUCGUCGAUAUUACAUUCAUUUUUAUCUAAAUAUAAUGUAAAGUUUGUGAUACAUACAGGUUUAUAGUUUUAAUAGUGUUUUCAACAUGACUAACGCGACUAUACAGGAAAUAGAAGGUAUUGAUGAUUAUUGGGGACCAGCCUUCAGAUCAGUCUAUGAAGGUGAAGGUGGCCAUGAAGCUUUCGUCCAGCAACUAGAUGAAAGAAUACAGCAGCAUGACAAGGAGAUUGAAAAAUUGUGCAAUUUUUACUAUCAGGGUUUUAUUGACUCAAUUCGAGAACUGCUGCAAGUGAGAUCACAUGCUGAAGAGCUUCAUGCAGAGAUAUCUAAUGUUGAUGCUAAUGUUAAGGAUUCAACUGAAAGUCUCUGUACUAGAGCAGAAGAGUUGAUCCGAGCACGUAGAGUGGAGCUUAAUAUAGCUGCAACUAUAGAAAAGAUGGAGCUAUGUCUACCGUUGUUGACUACAUAUUCAAAGUUGAAGAGCCAAGUAGAAGCUAAGAGGUAUUAUCCAGCAUUAAAAACGCUAGAGCAAUUAGAACACGUAUUGCUUCCCCGCGUGGGUCCAUACAAGUGGUGCGCACAGAUCUCAGCCGAUAUACCGCGUUUGAGGCAAGCGAUACAGGAUGCGUCCAUGGCAGAUCUCAGAGAUUUCCUCGAGAAUAUAAGAAAAUUAAGCCCGCAGGUGGGGGCUAUGGCCUUGGUACAAACUCAAGACAUGCUCGGAAGAAGUUUGGCAAACAUUGUCAAGAAUAAGAAAGAAAAUCCUCUGCAAAGCAGGGAAAGUAGCGGUCCUCAGUGUCCACAUGAAUUGGUCGACUUCAGUCCUUUACACAGAUGUCUACACAUACACACUGUGUUGGGAGCUAAGAAUGAUUUUGUCCAGUAUUACAGAGCUCAACGCAAGCAACAAGCGAGACUGGUCCUAAUACCCUCAUCUGGCAACCUUCAUGACUCGAUCCAGAGUAUGAAAAGCUACCUGAACGCUGUUCUUGGUUUCUUCAUCCUCGAGGAACAUCUCCUGACCACCGGAGCCGGUCUGGUCUCCAAGGACUGGUUGCUUGAUACUUGGAGUAUGUCUGUGACCAAGGUGGUUUCGAUACUCAGGACUAAUACGUCGCUGAUAACGGAUCCGACCCUAAUGCUCAGUAUCAAGCGGCAGAUUGUACUCUUCAUAAAUGCUCUGAAAUGCUACGGUCUCCCAACGGAUCCUCUGCCGCUACUGUUACAAGAGAUGGCAGAACAUUACACCGAAGUACUAAUGCAGAGAUGGGUUGUCGUUUUCCGAGAUAUUCUAGACAACGCUUCCUUUUUACCUAUUGAGGUUGAAAACCAAGAACAAUACGACGCUGUUAUGGAUACAUUUCCGUGUGAUGGCGACGAAAUGGAAACUCAACCUUUUCCGAGAAAGUUCCCGUUCUCGUCGAUCGUGCCGGCGGUGUACGUGCAGGUGAAGGAGUUCAUCUACGCGUGGCUGAAGUACUCGGCGGGGCUGGGGCUGGGCGGCGGCCGGCGCGCGGCGGCGGCGAGACACUCCGCCUCGCUCCUGCUGUCGCGCUCCUUCACCGGCUGCCUGUCCGCGCUGUUCCGCCGCCCGCUGCCGCUCAUGCAGCUGGUGCAGAUAAUAGUUGAUACGCAGUAUCUAGAGGAUGCAACGUCGUUUUUGUACGAAUUCAUAAGUAACAUUACUGGCGCUGAACUUGUCACUACUCAGACGGCAGGUAGUAUGUUCCAAGCGGCGCGAGACGAUGCCGAAAAGCAAAUAUGUGACAACUUGGAGAAGAAGGUCGAUGAGUUUCUCGACCUUGAGAACUAUGACUGGUUAUUAGUGGAACCGAGCGGUCAGGCCUCUUCAUUCGUCACCGACAUGCUAAGCUAUCUGUCCGGAGUCUUGACGUCACUCGAACAAUUACCUGAACGUGCUCGAGUGGCGGCAGUUCGAGCAGCGACGAACCGGAUCGCGACGCGCCUGCGCAACCUACUGCUGGACCCGGCGGUGCGGCAGGUGUCGUCGGGCGCGCUGUACCAGCUGGACCUGGACGUCAUCCAGUGCGAGCAGUUCGCGGCCGGAGAACCCGUUCCAGGCCUCAGAGAGGGCGAGCUGCUGGAACACUUCGCUAGCCUCAGACAAUUACUAGAUCUCAUAACAGGAUGGGAUUGGUCUUCCUACCUUCACGACGUCGGUAUCGAAGGCGGCAAGUACGCGUUAGUGACUCCUCGCGACGCGGCUACACUUCUAGAAAAACUCAAAGAAGCAGAACAGAAGUCAUCUGUCUUCUCCGUUUUGAAGAAGAAUGAAAGAGACAGAAGAAAGUUGCUCGAUACAGUGUUAAAACAACUUAAGCAGUUGCAGAAUCAAGAUGGAUAGAUUAAUUUUUUAUUAUUAUUUAAUUGUUGUGUAAUAAUCAUGUUAUGAAAAAUAAUUUAAAUAAGUAAACGUUUUCAUUCCAAUUUUUUAAGUCACAUUGUGAAUGAGAUUUUCAUUGUUAUUUAUUUUCUUUUUUUUUUCUAAUUCCACGUAAUAGAUUUUAAUUUAGUAUAAAAUUUGUUGUUGACAGUAUUUUGAAAACAUCUUUUAUGUAUUAAAAAGUGUAAUAUUAAAAUAAAUAUCAACGUAUUAAAAUGA